UAAUUUUAAUUUCGUUUUAAUAAUUAAUUUUCUCUCCUGGAGAGAUUGUGGCAUGGCUAGUGUGUUCUUAAUGGAUCUGGUGGUAUGGUUGCUAAUAGGACUAACAGCUACGUUUGCAAAAGGUUCUCCACCUCCGAAUUCCGGAUCCAGCGAACCGAGCUUGACACAGCAGGCGGGACACGAGGCGACCUCAGUGAACGCAGUGGGCAACAGCUCCGCUCUGGGUCGCGGUGUAAACAACGGGUCGUCGCCGGGGAUUAAUCCGGGCGAGAUGAUUCCGAGCACGGGCAGCGAGUUUACAGCACCUCGCAGGAGAUCCAAACGCUGUACUUGUUACACCUACAAAGACAAAGAAUGCGUUUAUUAUUGUCAUCUAGACAUCAUCUGGAUCAACACACCCGAACGCAUGGUCCCCUACGGCCUCUCCAGUUACCGGGGCUCGCAGAGGAUGAAACGCUCCGUGGAGCGCGUGCGGAGUGAGGGGCGAGCUGGGGCGGGAUCCCACCGGUGUUCCUGUGUGGAGGGGGGGGACCCUCAGUGUGAAAGCUUCUGCAGGGAAAGGUAUAAAGGAGAUUCAGCACAGAAGCAGCUGCCACAGAAGAGACUCGGAGGGAAGAGCUUUCUGCCCACAGACAGCCGGACAGGCCUCUUCACUGCGCCACACAGGCAUUUGAAGUGGAGGCAGAGGGCUCCCUUCGUUCAGUAGGGCACGUCCACCACAGAGUCCAGCCAGCCCUGCACUCCACAUACACGCACUCUUCACAGCGUUACUAUGUCUCUUCCUGGCCAGAAAAAGGACGAAAGUUUGGAACGUAAGAGACUGGCCCUCGGAAAGGCCCCUGUAUAUUUCUGAAUGCACCGAAAUGGCUCAAACGGGCAGCAACCAAAUCGGCUGGUAAUGGCUCCGAAAAAAAUGGUUUCAAAAGGCAACAGGCUGAAGGAGACCAAAGAAACUCGCUGGUAAUCUUUCCCAGCACCCUCUCUGGACAGGGCUGCAUUGCGGUCACACUGAGGUCACUUUGAGGUAUGGCAAGCAUCCUCUGGGAGCAGGAUUACUCAGGACUCAAAAUGAGCGCUAGUUAUUCACUGCAGGGAUUGUAUAAUGGGACGCAGUUUAUAACUCGUGAACCGCAACAAAUACCCGGCUUUUGGAGCCUUUGACCUACCUGACCAGAAUUCUAGCUGUGUGUGCUGCAGAACACUAGCAUCACAAUACAUGCGUUCACACGCACUGUUACUGUUAAUGGUCAUCAGGUCUGAUGGAGUAUGCGUCACCUCAAUAUACUGAGCCUUUGUGUGCCGGCUGCCUUAUAAGAGUAUAUCAACUUAUCAUACUUAUAUAUAUAUAUAUCAUACAAAUGUCCAUAUUAACAGGUGGGCAUGGACACAGCAUAUAACCUGUGGGAUCCAGAUUCCUUCUGGAAUUCAGCAUCUUUUUAUUUCCUUAUUUGUUGUUCCUGGUGUCGUAUGUACGUAUUGUAAAGCCUAACGCAGUCAGUUCAAUGCCAAAAGAAACUUCAUACAAUUCUGUGGCAAAUGUUUCGACUAGAAGUCUUUCUCUGUGUCUUCAGAGAGACUUCUAGUCGAAAAACAUUGGUCAAAGAAGAAGUUUGCUUUAAGUAUUACUUCAUAUUCUAUCACUGAGGAUGUUUGUAUAGUUAUGGAUAAGACCCUCAGAGGCAACAUAUAUGAAUCAUUAUGUGUAAUGCAGUACCUGGCCAAACCUCCUUUACUGCACAAUAACUGCAGCAAAGACCCAAUUUAUCAAUGAAAACAACAAGAUGCAAAAUGGGCAGUGUUCUUUCCUACUGCAAUACAGUAUAUGUGCAAUCUAUGAAACUAUUAUUAUUAUUACUACUACUAUUAUCAUUAUUAUUAUUCACCUUCCUUAACACACAAACACUAACAACAUUUAUAUUGGUAGUUUCCUGUUCUGACAAACAGUUAAGACAAAAAAGACAGCUCUGUAAAACAUUGUUUCAUUUUUGGACUGCUGUAAGAAAUGUUUUGUUAAUUACAGUUUUUUUUUUAACCCAAGCCAAUUGCUGUCAAUUAAAUCAAGUUUGAAGUUUGUGAAAUAUUUUUCACCUGUUCUAUAGAGAGGGUUAGUUUAUUUUCCGUUAUAACAGCACCUAAGAGAAUGUUUGUUUUACAGACCUACAAAAAUGCAGUCCGUAAGUUUUGUGACUUCAGCGCUCAUUAACAUCUACCUGAAAUUCAACGACUAAGUAAUUGCAGAUCAGUUAAUGGACUCUUACACACUGCCUUCUGUACUGUAACCCAGCACCUUCACCUCAGAGCUAUAGAGCACACUUUCUUCAGUGUCACGGUCCGGCGCACCACAGAUGGCUGCUGUAGAUACAAGGCUUGGGGGUGUUGUAAAGAACAGCUAUAACUGCCUGCAAACUAACCUGCCAUGGUUGGAUGUAAUGUCUCGAUCUAGGAGAUCCUGAGGAAACAGAAUGCGUUUCUGUUUUAAAACUUGUCGAAAGGUGGAACUCUCCCUAUUCAAGAUUGCGAGUUAUUAAAAUGAAAAAUAUUCUUUGUUAUUCAGGAAUAUAUUCCUCAUAUGGAUAUUUUAUUUAUAAAACAACAAAAAAUGACAUUUUUUAAAUAACUCACAAGUUAAGCUCUGUAAUUACGACCAAAAGCAUUGCUCAAAGUACUGUAAAGAAGAGUGAAGAUCUGGCAGAGUAGGCAGAUUAACAGAGCUAAAAGACCAAGAUUGCAAAAUGACAAGCCACUGAAGAAUGUACAACCACGGGCCAGAUUAGAGUGAUUUACAACCUGUGCAGGGAUUCUAAAAGCAGAAAUAAAACAGCUGAACACGCUAAUCAUGUCAAAGUGCUCAAGAAUCUUCAGAAUCUUUCUUCUGUGUAAACUUUGUUCUGAAUAAACGUGCCACACACUUUUCCACGCUCUUUGGGAUUCCCUUACUCAUUCCCUACUUGUGCCCAAGACUGGUUUACCUUGCUGGUAAACAAGUCUGCAGGCACCUGCCCUUGCUGUAUCCUAUUACCCUAUUAUUAUAAUAAAUGUUUUGUAUAUAUAAAAAAAGGCACUUGUGUUUCUUUUUUUAAAUGUAAUGAAUUGUUGUUAAUUGUAGAUGCAUUGUUUUGCAUCAGUGGCCUGCACUAAUAACGUGUGAGGACAGGUAGGUUGAUGUGGGUCAACAUAUGCCUGGUUUCCAUUUGGCCAUUUGCUAUUUGCUAGCUGCCUUCACGCAGAAUAGCCGUGCGUUAUUGUAGGUAAGUAGUCAAUGACGGAACAGAAACAGAAAAAGCUGCAAGGUAAAAUUCCAGUGAUGCACACGGUGACUGAUAUAAGCAGGACCAGAUUAUUUCAUUAAAAUCUACACAACCACACACUCUAUAAAUACUGUAGGUAAAACAUCCCUGAAAACCCAAAUCUCUGUUGGAAGUUGCUUGAAGAAAUCACAUUUGUAAAGGCUUGGUUUGGAUGGAAUGAA